AUGGAUAUUUUCGAAGAUGUGGUCAAUCGGAAAACAAUACCUACUACGGCCGAUCCCGAUGGUCGAUUCAAGUACCAUGCCGAGAGGCUCACCGCUAUGGCCAUCACACAGACCUACAACUAUAUGAUCGAGGGGGUUCUCGAGUACGGCUUGCUAACUACCGGCGAGACCAUUGAUGAGCAGCAGCGUGUGAUCUUCGGGCUGAGACGAUGGGCAGAGGACUUUGAGACGACAUUACGAUCUAUUCCCCGAGACGAGCGAUACGCUCCGAGCGGCUCAAGCUCCGGCUCGCUAUAUACGCCGACGACUUAUGCAGGCAUCAGCCGGUCACCGCGCGUGCCUCGAACAAGAUCUAAACGCUGGGCUCCGGCAGAGGACCGUCCAGAUGUGCAGCUGGCUAAACCUGUAGCUGCUGAUCAUCUGAUCGACCGUGACGAGUUCCUCCGGCUUCUAUUUCAGCAGCUGCAGGAGUCUCUUGACCACGGGAUCAGUCGUCUAGAUAUGGGCGGGUCUCGCAACGUGCUGUUCAAAAUAAGUCUGAUGGCCUACGGCUACACUUUCGUCACCAAGGGCACGGUAUCUGCUUUCAUUCAAGACCUAGGACACGAAACCACCAUCUACAAACACCUCGAAGGACUUUAG